AUGGUUGUGGUGGGAUUGUGGCGACUUUGGAAAAGUAGAAAGAAAGGGGUUUUUGAAGGGACACAUGUUGAUCCUAUGGAGACUCUUCAGACAUUUUUCGCUCAAUGCCAGGAGUGUCAAGAGAUGCUUGAUUCCCAGGCUCCUCAGUUUGGUGAUCUUCCUGGACCACCUGAGGAAGUGCACAAGGUUUAG